GUCACCCAAAUUUGCACCUGUACACAAAACGUCACGGAUUCGGGGGUCAUGGAAUCAUGACGUAAGCGGCAGUGUACGGUCAACAUGGUUGAUUGCGGGAGCCCGCAGUGUGCUCAAGAGCGGCGAAAUUUUAGGAAAGAAUUACUCUCAUGGAGCAAGAAAAUUCCCGUCACCAUUGCCUUAGAAAAAAUUGCUGAAGAAUUCAUAGGAAAGGAUGCUCUACAACCUGUCCUUGAGCAGUUUAAUUGUCUUGAGCCAGAAGAGAUUUCUGACUGGGUUCCAGAAGAAGAAUGUUUUUACUGUGACGGCAAGCUGCCGUUGAUUGACGAUGUGGUCAGUAAGUUGGCAGAAGACGUCAAGAAUGGACGAUCAGAACAGGACAACCCUAGUGUCCGCCUGCUGCAGGAGCUCCUGCCGUACUGCCCUCAGUUCUAUACACAUGGACUAGGCAGAGAUCGCCUUGACGCUUCUGUGGGGAGUAAGCAGACUCAAGCUGCGCCGGAGGACAGCGAGGUUUCAGUGCCGUCUGCUAAACCUCACGUAGAGCUGAAGAUACCACACAUUCCAAUCCAAGCCAGCAAACACAAAAAAGACUGCACUGUGAACGGUAAGAAGUCGUACACAGAUGACGAAUUAACAGCGGCUGUUCAUGACAUCCGCAGCGGGAAGCUUGGUACGCGGAGAGCAGCGAUGUUGUAUGGAAUCCCACGAUCCACAUUGAGGAACAAGAUCUUCAAGCUGGAGAGUGAGGAUGCUCUUCAGCCUGAAAUGGAGCAGGAAGAUUCAAGUUCUGCCGAGGAUCUCCUGAGUCUGGAGGGACACAGCAUGAAGCUGGCAGAUCUAAUGCAGGCCAGCGCCUUCACCUACACACUGCCUCCUCUCCCAUUCGCACUGCCCUUCAGAAAAGACUUUGACCUUGAGGAACAAGAGGAGGAAUUUGUAAGAAGGGUUGAAUUACUCCGUCGUAAACAUAACCUUGAUGGAUCUCAUGAUAACUUACGAACUCCUGCACAUGCCAACGAACUGAAAAUGCCUCUUUUGGUGGACUUGAUUCGUAGAAUGGUAGAACAACGACUAGCUAUGGAGCGCGCCAAAGUGCCUCAGUCACCAUAAAAGCAGCCUGAUGUUUGUGUAGAAAAUUCUCUAAUUGAUGGAUUAACCAUGAAGAACCCAUUUCUGCCAUCCUCCCUCCCUUCGACCGCCACGUGCCUCGGCAUGACAGCUGCAAGUCUGGCUGACAUCCGCAUUCCGUCCUACAAGCCGGGUAAUGGCACCAAGGACCACCACCACCACCACCACCACCACACCUUGCCAGACAAACCUAUGGCCAAGGUUUACGAAAGCAGCACGAUAGGCGAAACACUCAAGAAUAUCAUUGUUAAAUCUAUCAAUGAGAAAAUCCGUUUUCGUGAAACUCGUGAAGAUAGUUCUGGGACAGCAACUCCAGAUGACCUCUACAAGAUGAGCCCUGAGGAUAUAAGCUCUCAUGCCAGCAUCCCAACCACGCUGGCCACGCCCCACUCUUAUGCUUCGUCACACUCUUCUCCGUCACCACCAAAACGACACAAGAAGGAUUCAGACAAGGACAAAAAUUACAUGUCAUCGUCAACUUUGAAGAAGACGAGGCCAAAACGAGGUCAGUAUCGCAAGUACAACAGUCAGUUGUUGAUGGAGGCUGUGCGUGCGGUGCAGCGCGGGGAGAUGAGCGUCCAUCGAGCUGGCAGCUACUUUGGGGUGCCUCACUCCACGCUGGAGUACAAGGUGAAGGAGAGACACCUCCUUCAGAAAAAGCCACGGGAAACAACUUCGAGCCAAAAGCAAACAGCAGCCGUCACCUCCACAUCAUCAUCGACCGUAACUUCAUCCACAGCAACAGCCGCAGUUAGCACAGCCUCUGACAGUAAUUCUUCAAACAGCAGCAUCACAUCUGCCUCAACAUCAACAACAACAGCAGCAGCAGCAGCAGCCAAAUCGGAGAGUGCCCCACUCAGUGCCUUAGGGCUGGGAGCCCCUAAGCAGAGUAGCAGCGGAUUGCCUUGGUUCCAGCCCUACCUUAACGGCAGCCCCCACUUCGACCCCGCCAUGGGCUUUUUCCACUCUGGUUUUGCUCUCAACACCCCUGCCUCUGAGCUUCUGCUCAAGCUGCAACACAAGGUGCAGAGUAAGUCCGGGACCUUCCCACAAGACAACACAUUUGAUUUGCCUCGACCUAACGGUGUUGGAACUCUCCAUGAGCGGUUCCUCUUGUUCAAUUGAUGUGAUGUAUUGUGCAAUUAUUUCUGUAAAUGGUCCUAUAAUUGUUAGACUUGUUGGUGUUCAAGUUAAGUAUGACAUUGUCUUAGUGAUAUUGACAGGUACAACAGUGGACUUGGACAAGAAAACUAUCAAAUUUAUUUUGCUGUUUUGAUUAUGAAGUCAUAUAUUCUUUAUAUUUUCAACGGGUUUAGCUUGUAAGUUUCAAGCCUACAGUAGAGUUUCAUGGUGACACUGAGGUAUAUGUAUAUCAGUGUACAUUUCGAUCUGAUACACAAAAAUGCUGCCCUGAGUCCCUAAUAUGUCAUGAAUCAUGUUCUAGUAGCAUGUUUAGCACCUUGUAGUGUCUCCAUGUAGUUGACCCAUUAGCUCCAUCAGUGCUUUGGCUCCAUAUUGUACAGCCAUUAGGCUCCAUCAGUGCUUUGGCUCCUUAUAGUACAGCCAUUAGGCUCAUUAGGCUCCAUCAGUGCUUUGGCUCCUUAUAGUACAGCCAUUAGGCUCCAUCAGUGCUUUGGCUCCUUAUAGUACAGCCAUUAGGCUCCAUCAGUGCUUUGGCUCCAUAUAGUACAGCCAUUAGGCUCCAUCAGUGCUUUGGCUCCUUAUAGUACAGCCAUUAGGCUCCAUCAGUGCUUUGGCUCCAUAUAGUACAGCCAUUAGGCUCCAUCAGUGCUUUGGCUCCUUAUAGUACAGCCAUUAGGCUCCAUCAGUGCUUUGGCUCCAUAUAGCACAGCCAUUAGGCUCCAUCGGUACUAUGGCUCCAUAUUGUACACUCAUUAAAUUCCAUUAGUGCUUUGGAUCCAUGGAGUAGACCCUUUGGGCUCCAUUAGUACUUUGGCUCCCUGUUGUACAUCCAAUAGGCUCCAACACCGCUUUGGCUCCCUAUCGUAUACCCAUUGUGUUCCAUCAUUGCUUUGGUUCCAUUCGUAGCCAUUUGGCUCCAUAAUGGAGCCCCUAAAUUAGGCUCCAUGUAUCAGCUCUUGUGGUCUUCAUUAGGUAGUAGCUUUUCAUAGGCUCCAUCAUGCUC